AUGUUAGAAGAAAAUAGAAAUUUAAAACUUAAGUUGGAAAGCCUGGAAAAGAAGAUACAACUUUUAGAAAAAGACAAGAAAAGCAACAGUAUAAUAAUCUAUGGACUGAAAGAGGGUGAGAAAUUUAUAACAGAUCUAUUAGAGAAUGCAAAGCAAAAAUUUCAGGAAGAGUUGGACAUAAAAAUAGAAAACUUUGAGAUAAACAAAAUCUAUCGUAUUGGAAAUUUAAUAAACAAAGAAAAAUCGAGACCUACACUCAUAUCCUUUAUCAAUGGUUGGAAGAAGAGCAAAGUUUUGAAAAACAAGAAAAACUCCAAGGAGUUACAGAUUUCUAAAGAUUACACCAAAGAAACUUUAGAGAAGAGGAAGGCAUUACUCCCACAACUAAAAGAAGAACGUAAUAAAGGAAACAUAGCCUACCUUAAAUAUGAUAAACUCAUUGUUAAAGAAAGUGCAGGCGUUAAUGAUAAAAGGAAAAGAGAACCGUCUGCCUCCCCGUAUGCUAAUCCGCAACCGAAGAAACAGCAGAUGACAUCAUCUACGAAAUCUCACAGAACAAAUGCAUUUGACUUGAUGAGGGUUCGAUCUAAUUCUCUUACAUCCCAACCAAUAGGAAAACAACAAUAGCAAUCAACUAUCGGCGAACGGAAACAAGAACACAACCAAAAAGAAAAAACAACUAUAACAACACACCCUCCCCCAAGCCGACUGGUCCUCGUGGAGGAAAAAGACCAAGACCCUUUAAAGAUAAAUAAAACAACUUCUGAUAUCCACAUAGCAACAUUUAACUCAAGGUCGUUAAGGACACCUGAGAGACUUCAAGAACUUGAAACGGCCAUAUCAGAAAUAAGAUGGGACAUAAUAGGAAUUAGCAAAAUGAGAAGAUAUGGGGAGAAGAUAGAAGACUAUGGGGAUUACAUGUUACACCACAUUAGCGUGACGCCGGGGCAAUACGGAGUAGGAUUCAUAAUUAAAAAGAGACUAGCGGAAAAAAUAAUAGAAAUUAAAGGAGUCACAGAAAGAAUAGCUAUCUUAAAUAUAUUACUACCGGUUAGCAAAGAAGAAAAAUGGUCAAUCAUUCAAGCAUAUUCGCCUACAGAAUCAAAUAAAAAAGAAGAUAUAGUAAAGAUAGAAAAGUUUUACCAUGAUUUGCAAACAACCAUACAAAACGCACACAAACAAACCAUUGUAAUGGGAGAUUUUA